CGCGGCGCCGGCGGGAUGGACCUGGAAGCCUCGCUGCUGCCCACCGGCCCCAAUGCCAGCAACACCUCGGAGAGCCCGGAUAACCUCACCUCGGCCGGGCUGCCUCCUCGCACAGGGAGCAUCGCCUACAUCAACAUCAUCAUGCCUUCGGUGUUUGGUACCAUUUGCCUCCUGGGCAUUGUCGGGAACUCCACGGUCAUCUUCGCGGUGGUGAAGAAGUCCAAGCUGCACUGGUUCAGCAAUGUCCCCGACAUCUUCAUCAUCAACCUCUCGGUGGUGGACCUCCUCUUCCUCCUGGGCAUGCCCUUCAUGAUCCACCAGCUCAUGGGCAAUGGAGUCUGGCAUUUUGGCGAGACCAUGUGCACCCUCAUCACGGCCAUGGACGCCAACAGUCAGUUCACCAGCACCUACAUCCUGACCGCCAUGGCCAUUGACCGCUACCUGGCCACCGUCCACCCCAUCUCCUCUACCAAGUUCCGGAAGCCCUCUGUGGCCACCCUGGUGAUCUGCCUCCUGUGGGCCCUGUCCUUCAUCAGUAUCACCCCCGUGUGGCUCUAUGCCAGGCUGAUCCCCUUCCCGGGGGGCACUGUGGGCUGCGGCAUCCGCCUGCCCAACCCAGACACUGACCUCUACUGGUUCACCCUGUACCAGUUUUUCCUGGCCUUUGCCCUGCCCUUCGUGGUCAUCACGGCCGCCUACGUGAGGAUCCUGCAGCGCAUGACGUCCUCCGUGGCCCCCGCCUCUCAACGCAGCAUCCGGCUGCGGACAAAGAGGGUGACCCGCACGGCCAUCGCCAUCUGCCUGGUCUUCUUCGUGUGCUGGGCGCCCUACUACGUGCUUCAGCUGACCCAGCUGUCUCUCAGCCGCCCGACGCUCACCUUUGUCUACCUGUACAAUGCGGCCAUCAGCUUGGGCUAUGCCAACAGCUGCCUCAAUCCCUUUGUGUACAUCGUGCUCUGUGAGACGUUCCGGAAACGCCUGGUCCUGUCGGUGAAGCCAGCGGCCCAGGGGCAGCUCCGCGCCGUCAGCAACGCCCAGACAGCUGAUGAGGAGAGGACAGAAAGCAAGGGCGCCUGAUGCUUCCCCCUGCCACCCUGGGCACCUCCACGUCAGGACUCCACAGCAGACCGUGGGGAGAGAUGCUGAGAGCAACCCAAGACCACUCUGGGAGGUUGUGGGGAGAUGGGGUGGUGAGCGGUGGUCACAGACCACUGGGGAGGCUUGGCGCCGGGUUUGGGGGCUCCAAGCAUUAGAAAUUUCCUUCCGAGAGCUGGAUGGACCUUCGGGUUGAACAGACACUGAGCAGGAAGACUGGUUUAAAUGUUCACUGAGCCCUACACCUGCUAGCUCUCAAAUGUCUUUUUCCCAAGAGGAGAAUUAGAAGGCUUCUGGCCAAAUUUGUUUAAAAUCAGGCAGGGCUCGUGUGUGCGCAGCGGUACGGCAGAGGGCCCUGGGGAGACGGGAAAGGUGACAGAGCCUCAAUGCCCUUUCCUGUCUCUCACGGGUAGGAUGGAAGGCAGCCUUUCUCCCAAGCUGGAGGAUGAUGAAGAAUAAAGCAUGCGGGCUCUCCAGGUUCAAGCA